UUCCAUACGUCUCUCGCACCUGUGGUGCGCCGCACGCAAAGGCAUGGGUGCCACCGGGCGGAAGUUGGCCGCGCUACCGGCGCUCGGGUGGUGGCUCGUGGUGGUCGGCGCCGUCUGCCUCGUCUUCGCCUGGUCCGGCUUCUUCGACGCCUGGGCGGUCCGCUCCGGCACCUACUCCAACACGCACGUGACUGAUGUGCAUGCGCGUACCGUUGGGGUGUGGACGAUGCUGUCGUGCACCCUCUGCUUCCUCUGCGCCUUCAACCUCGAGAACAAGCCGCUCUGCGCCGCAACUUUCCUAUCAUUCGUCUAUGCAUAUGGACAUUUCAUCGUGGAAUACGUGCUGUACCGUACCAUCACCGCAGCAAGCCUCGGCACGCUCGGCUUCUUUGCAGGUGACUGA